UGCCCGCCAUUUCCUUUCAGUCUGCUGGCUCACCCACUUCUCUGUCCCCCCCAAAAAUCCCUUUGCUCUUUUACUCCAUAAAAUAAAUGUCAUGUCUUACGAUCGCGUUCUGCCCAAGCCUCCUCUUCUACACCAUGACAGCUCUCACCAUCUUCCCCUGUCACGGCCUACUAGUAACCUCCUCGAGCAUAAGAUCAUGAAUGACGACGUCGCGAAAGUGUCCAUGAUGGACCGUCAUCUAGACUCUUCUGCUUUGAGUGGUCAUCGUCGAUUCACUGACACACUGCCUCCGGUGCAUCUGACCACUCUGAAUCGAAGCAAGGUGGCUCUCAACAAAGUCGCCUCCAACGCUGCCUCUGCUAUUGAGGUCCCGAAGUCCGCGAAUCUUCUACCUACCAAGGCUAUUCCUCUUCGUGAACGCUCAUCUUUGUCGGAACGGUCGUCGUCAUCUAGUCCAAUCAAGUCGUCCAAUGCUCCCACCCCAAGGGAGUCGGCAACACAGUUCUGCCUCUGUCAGCCGGAUCCGAAGAUCCCUAGGCCCCGGAAUGCGUUCAUCCUCUACCGCCAACAUUACCAGGCUGCAGUGGUCGCGCAGAAUCCAGGCCUUGCCAAUCCUGAAAUCUCCAAAAUUAUCGGGGAGCAAUGGAGAGGACUACCACAGGAGACAAAGGAUGAGUGGAAAGCGCUGGCAGAGGAGGAGAAAGCUCGGCAUCAACAACAAUACCCAGAGUAUCGCUAUCAACCUCGUCGCUACGGUCGGGAUGGGAAUCUCCGGAGCGGAGCAUCUGGCAUCAGCCAUAACCCUCCAGGCUCUACAGUCUGCAGCCGAUGUGGAGGCCGUGUGAUGAACCCUCCAGUAUCACCAGAGACUCCUUAUACACCCAGGGCCUCCUUUUUCGGCGGAAAGUCGGCACCUGGUGAAGUCUUCUCAGCACGCAGUAGCCAGUGUCGAGCCAAAGAUCUGGACCGUGCUCCUAAUGUCAUCAAGCUCAUCCCUAACGGAAAUGGAGAAUCACGCAUGCCUCGCCAGCACUUUGUGGAAAGCAGAAGCCGAUCACCAGAUAGUAAGCGCAGGCGGUUGGGACCGCUUGGUCCUUACGAAAUCCGUGAAAGGAGCCCAGAUUCUUCAUAUCCUGCAUCUCCAUACACACCUCGCUCGGCCGUAGCAGACUCACGAGGUCUAUACCAGCCGCUACAGCAGCCACGGCCCGGCCGAGAUGUCAAGGAGUAUACCCCGCCGGACCCCAGCUUGAAACUUCCACCGCUACAAACAGCUGCUCAUGUUCCCGGGACUCUCACCCCAACGACUCCAUAUUCGCAUGAUGGGCCUAGCAUUGAAGCGACGGUCAUGACAAUCCCAUUUCUCAACAAGAUAAAGGUUCUGGCUAAGAUCUCACCGCCCUUAACACCAGCAUACCAUGACGGAUCUUCGUUCCGACGCGGGGCUGUGAUUGCUGUGGAUGGACAAGAUUCUGUUCUUGUCAAGAUGAUGGUCAAAUUUUUGAACAUCACAUUACAGAAGGAGGGCAGAUAUCUCACCCGAGUCUUCGGAGGACCCGAGAUUCGGUCUCGUGAAAGCUAUUCCGAAUCCGAGCAAAUGGGUGACGCAACUGUCGAUUAUCUCAACAUCAUCUCCUCCUGGCACCGCAUCUCUGACGAAAUAGUUAGCUUCGUGAAGCCUUCACGAGCAUCGUCGGAGCCAAAGUCAGUCGACGAAGAGUCUACGCCAGGAGUGUCGCCGCGGACUAUUAUACCCAAGACUGCUGAAUUACAGAUCAACUCUCCGGAGCAAUCCAGCGACAACAGCUCUGUGUCGACAGUCUCUACCGGAAUGGGCUCCAUUACUAUGCCCGUGCCUGUGGCACUUGUGCCACGAUACCAACUAACGACUGCGGAUGCUUUUGCCUGCUCCGUCCCAAUCGGGGACUCGUAUGCACCACUUGACCACUGGCAGUGGAUGGCAUCUCUGUGGCGUGCGUGCGUAGGACCGGACAUAACCGUGUACAUCCGAGAAUGCGAGAAGGACGAACUAGAGCGUCUUGGAGGUAACCCCGUGGAAGUUCGUCUUCAUGAUGCGCGAACCAUUGUGGUGCGAAGACUGGCAUCCUCAUCGAGUGAACUAGAGGAGAAGUCGCUUAAGAGAGUCGGCUUCGAAAUUGAGGACUUCCUCACCCAAUGAGCUUGUAAUAUGAUCCUACCCAAAAAAUGCCAGCUUUGUCAGGCUCGCAUGUUCCUUUUUUUUUUCUUGUCUUUUCUUGACAUUCUUCUCCGGACAUAUGGGGGUCUUACUC